UAAAAAAAAUUUAAAGACUUAAAAAUGUAAAGGGAUGAAUCACAUGUUAACCAUUCUUGAUUCAAUCAGGUUAGCUAAAAGAAAAAGAUAAUUAUAUAAACUCUUUUUCUAAAACUAUAGGGGUGGGUUGUGAAACUUCAACCCCUAGGAGGAUCCUCUAGAAUUUCAACAUAUCUGCACGCCUCAAGAGCUAGAAAAGUAACAUCUGAUGACCCAUUUUUAGAAAAAAGAGAACCAGAGAACUGCUCCUUCAUUUUUUUAAAAUGAGAAUUUUUUUUUGCUUGAAGUUUUCAAACUGAUACAUCCUUCUUCACACAGGAAGACGUGUUUUUGACCUUCUUUUUGUGACGGACAAGUCAUUUUAGCAUUACUCAUGUUGUAAUAAUACAAGACAUCACCUGCACCAUAAGAUACAUGACCAAUACACCAUGGGAAAUGAAACCACAGACUACACCGACUGGCCACUGACAACAGAAUUUGACUACAGUGAUUCGACGCCUUGCCCUGCAACUGAGGAAAAGCAUUUUGCAGCAAAAUUUUUGCCACCUCUUUAUUCUUUGGUGGUGAUAUUUGGCCUGACAGGCAACAUGCUUGUUGUCCUUAUCCUGGUAAAAUACAAGAGGCUGAAGAGUAUGACUGACAUCUACCUGCUCAACUUGGCGAUUUCUGAUCUGCUCUUUGUAUUUUCCCUCCCUUUUUGGGCUUAUUAUGCAGUUCACGACUGGAUUUUUGGGGAGGCACUGUGUCGAAUUCUGUCAGGUGUCCACCUCCUUGGCUUCUACAGUGGCAUCUUCUUCAUUAUCCUGCUGACCCUGGACAGGUACCUGGCCAUAGUGCACGCAGUGUUUGCUUUGAAAGCCAGGACAGUUACCUACGGUGUCCUCGCCAGUGUUGUCACUUGGGCUGUUGCUGUUCUUAUUUCCCUCCCUGGGGUAGUAUUUCACAAAACUCAGAAGGAAAGUUCAGGCUAUACUUGCAAUGCUCAUUAUCCAUCUGAGCAGAGAAAUGCAUGGAAGAAAUUCCUCACCCUAAAAAUGAACAUCCUGGGACUUCUUAUUCCAAUGUUAAUCAUGAUCUGCAGCUACACACGCAUUAUAAAGACAUUACUGCAGUGUAGGAACGAGAAGAAACAUAAAGCAGUCAGGCUUAUUUUCAUUAUCAUGAUUACCUACUUUUUUUUCUGGGCACCAUACAACAUUUGCAUUCUCUUGCGUGAUUUUCAAGGUGCAUUUUCCAUCUCUACUUGUGAAGGAAAUGGUCAACUGCACAAAGCAAUCCAAGUGACGGAAACAAUCUCAAUGAUCCAUUGUUGCAUCAACCCUGUAAUCUAUGCCUUUGCUGGAGAAAAAUUUAGGAAAUAUCUUCGCAGCUUUUUCCGAAAGCAGAUUGCAGUCCACUUGUCUAAAUACUGUCCUGUUUUCUAUGCUGACACAGCUGAACGUGCGAGCUCCACCUACACACAAUCUACUGGAGAACAAGAAGUUUCUGCUGCAUUGUAAGUUGUGGCGAGUGAAAAAGUGGAAUUGACUCUUAUGAGAUCAACUCUUUGAUGAAAGCCUGCUGAAUCUCUCCUGGAUAUUUGUCACUAAGGCAGCUGAAAAAAAAACCAAAACAACACAGAAUACAUAUUUAUCAAAGAUUGCAUUUGCUCACAGACUUGGGUAUUUGCAAAUACAUGAAAAGGAUGUGGCAAAUUACCUGACUGGGGGCCUGAGCUAGCAGGCUAACAGAUUUUUUGAAGUGAACUAGAGGUUAGAAAGUUGCACUGGUUCUUUGGAAACACCUCUUGACUUUGUGCAUCACACAAGAUAUCUCACUCAUUUAAACUCAGUCUCAGUCAUAUUUUUUACUAGUCUGGUUGUGUGUCUUUGUAAAUAAUGCUAAAUUACUAAGGUCUAUCAUACAGCAUGGAAUGAAAAAUUUUAUACAUUCAGAAUGGACUCUGAUAUUUCAUGGUAUAUUUUUCUUUGUGUAUGGUUGAGUCCUAACCACUUAGUGCUUUCUCAUAAUAGUUCUAACUGCUUGGGCUAAUACCUGAGUGAUUUUUGAGUUUGAUACUUCUGAAUGGUCUUUAUGACUCAUCUACUCUUUUAUAUGCUACUCAAGCUAAAAAAGAGAGUAUAAUUGUGCUAUCAUUAAAAAACUAAUGUCCUAUAACCGAUCAGAAAAUCAGUGUGGUAACAGUAUUUUAAAAAUAAAGUAUUUCACAUGGAGCUUUAAACAGGUUGGAUCAAACGUGAAGAGUGAUUCAACAGUGUUUUAGCUUCUUAGUGCAGUGAUUUUGCGUGCCUUUUUUGUAGCCUACAUAAGAGAAAAACUUUUUAAAAAAUGAGUGCAGGCACAAUGGCUAUCAAACCACAACAGUGGUGAAAGAGAUGUGAAAAUUAUUUCUGAAUUGGAUUGACACAGAUGUUUUUAGAGAUAAGUAUAUGUUAUAAACACUUAACAAAACAUCUGAAUAAGUAAAAAUAUUCCCUGUUCUGCAGAGGCAAGGGCAUAGAGCAUUUCUCUUUUGUUUUAGAAGCUCGUAUCAUUUGGGGGGCUGUGACAGUGGGGUGUUUUUUGCCAUUUAGGAGUUUUACAGAGAGCAAAAGUUUCCAUAAUUAGUAAGACUGGUGGUUGAAUAUGACUGAUUCUCUCCAAAGCUCAGAACCUGUAAAGCAUGGGAACACUUAGAAAAUAUGAAAUAAAUACCGGGCUACUCAGGUGCUUAAGAACAUACCAUAAUCACAGUAUUAAUUAAUUUGGGCCAAUUUCUCCUUCUAACAGUUCCUACAUUUCCCCAAAGACAUAUGGUAUUGGACAACUUUGGAGACAGGAAAAAAAAAAGUGAAUAUUUUGUUUGCUGUUCCUAUCCAGAAGAACAAUUUCUGUUUCCCAGCUUCUCUAGACAGCCUUUUAAAUAAUAUUUUCAAAGAAACAAAUGUUUCAAGAAGUCUUAAAGAAAUUUUACAGUGGAACAUGCUUGUGAAAGCAGGAAGUGAAAUAGGGAAAUCUUUACUUAUCAAACCACUUGUUUUGUGUUAUUUAUUUUGUCAUAUUAAGCACCACUUUGGAACUACAUCCAUAUGGGAAGUAUAACAGAAGUAUACCACACCUCAUUUACAAGAUUUUUAGCUGCAUACUCUUCUUUAAGGCUCUGUGCAUCAAUUACUUUCUGGACUUUGUACAUGUUUUUUAAAUGGGAAAAUAUAUCAGCAUAAUGACAAAUACACGCCUUCUAAUCAGGUUUGAGUUUUGGGGUUUUUUUAUUUUUACUUAUAGAAUACAUGUAUGAAAACAAUUUUAUAUUUUAUUCUGCUCUUGACAAGAACUUUCGCUUGGUCUUAAAAACACCCUGCCUUUAGGAAACUACUUUUUCUGGAGGGCUUUGAUGCCAGACACAGUAAUGCCUCUUUGUCAGGCCUUCUGGAGAAAACACAACAACCAAAUGUGCAUGGGCACACUGACAAGCUUUUUGAGAGGCACGUCAAAACUGCCCUGAUCCUUCCACAGCAUGGACCUCUAAUCAUGGAUCUUUCUAAGCAACAAGCAGCUUCCGGAGGAAAGAGGUGGAACUGAGGUUGGUGGCCCUGUGGUUCGGCAGCUUAUCUAGAGUUUCCAUCACUUCACUGGAAAGGGAUCACACUUCAGCACAUGAAAACAAGUCAUAUUUCAGCGACUGCAAUGAACUGUGAUCCACAUUCAAGGAGGCAAUUGAAAACACAGCAUUUGGUUGCACUGCUGGUACGUUCAGUUAAGGACUCUGCCAAUAACUGUAAUAAUACUUUGUAUUAUAACAUCCAUUAAAGUUGGUUCACUUUUUUUGUUAGA